UGAUAUGCAAAUAGUAGGCGGAAUUCUAUUGCUGAGGGGCAAGCGCCUGUGAAACUUGAUCUCGCCCUUCCCACGACCUCAUUUGCCCUCACACGCAAAGACAGUCGAAAGCGCGCAAGUCGAACAUGGGGGCCCUACUGCAGCGAAUGCUCCAGGCGUUCUACACGAAGAAGCUCGAAGUGGUCCUGGUCGGACUUGAGAACAGUGGGAAGACCACGCUGUUAAACGUCAUGGCGAUGGGACACCCCGUGGAAACAUGUCCGACUAUCGGCCUGAACGUGAAGCUCGUGAAGAAAGGAGGCGUUCAGAUGAAAUGUUGGGACAUUGGUGGGCAGGCGCAAUACCGCAGUGAAUGGGGUCGCUACACUCGUGGAUGUGAUGUCAUUAUUUACGUCGUUGACGCCAACGCGUUUGACCAAAUCUCGUUGGCGCGAAAGGAACUUCACCGCCUCUUGGAAGACAGGGAAUUGGCCACCACGCCGCUCCUUGUGUUGGCCAACAAGAUUGACUUGGAACCGCACAUUUCGGAACCGGAAUUGAUCCGCGAACUCAACUUGGACUACAUUGUAGACAACCCGUGGCUCGUCAUUCCGAUUUCGGCCCUCCGCCUCGUGAACAUUGACCAAGUGAUUCAAUGGCUCAUGAAGCAGUCUGGAAAGAAUUAAGAUUAGCCUAUUAACAUCGAAUUGACAACACGAAUGUUGUGUCCGCCGA